AAGUUGCAUUAUGAGUAAUAUUUUAAAAAAUUAAUUGUUUAUUUAUGUAAAAUAAAUUUUUAAAUUUAAAUAAGUUUGAUAAUAACCAAGUAAUACAUAUUUGUGUAAAUAAUAAAAUCUGUAAAAAAUGGAUAAUACAAUAAUUGCAUCCAAUUUAUCUAGACAGCAUUUAGUUGUUAAUGAACAAGUGGAUCUUGUAAAUAGUGAGAUCGAAAGGACACGACCUAAUGAAGAUUCAAGACCUAUUACAAUGAGAGAGUGGGUUACUGUUAUAAUUUUAUGUUUUGUUAACCUCAUAAAUUAUAUGGACCGUACAACCAUAGCUGGUGUUUUACCAAAUAUUCAAUCACAGUUUCGUAAGGAGAAUGGAGCCUUAGGUUUACUUCAAACAGCUUUUAUCAUAAGUUAUAUGUUAUUUGCUCCAUUAUUUGGAUAUUUAGGCGAUAGAUACAAUAGAAAAGUAAUUAUGAGUUCUGGAGUAUUCAUCUGGAGCUUAACAACUUUCAUUGGUUCAUAUAUGGAGACUUAUGGAACAUUUAUUGUAUUCAGAAUGUGUGUAGGGAUCGGAGAAGCAAGUUAUUCAACGAUAGCACCAACGAUAAUAAGUGAUCUUUUUGUAAAAGACACAAGAUCGAAAAUGUUAGCUCUAUUUUAUUUUGCAAUACCCGUGGGAAGUGGACUAGGGUAUAUAAUUAGUGGAAAAAUAGCUCAAGCUACUGGAAAAUGGCAAUGGGGAUUAAGAGUUACUCCAGUAUUUGGAAUAAUAGCAAUUGUUUUAAUUCUUUGCUUGGUUAAAGAUCCUAUUAGAGGAGAAAAAGAAGGAGGUAGUCAUAUAUCUAGUACUUCUUGGAUCGUUGAUAUAAAAACAUUAUUAUCAAAUCCAAGUUUUAUGCUAUCAACAGCAGGAUUUACGUGUGUAGCAUUUGUAACUGGUGCAUUAGCAUUAUGGGCUCCGAAAUUUUUACAAAUGGGUUUAGCUCUACAAGAAACGAAAACUGUUGUUAUAGACGAUGUAUCUUUUGUGUUUGGAAUCAUAGCAAUGUUAGCCGGAUUAAUAGGAGUACCGUUGGGUUCAUUUAUGGCGCAAAAACUUCGUCUUAUUUGGCAUCAAGCAGAUCCUCUUAUCUGUGCUGUUGGUUUACUCGUUAGCACACCUUUAAUAUUUUUCGCUGUUUUAACGGCUAACAGUCAUUCGAUCAUAUGUUUUUUCCUUAUCUUCUUUGGACAACUGGCACUUAAUCUCACCUGGUCUAUUGUCGCUGAUAUUUUAUUGUAUGUCGUAAUUCCUACGAGAAGAUCGACGGCUGAAGCUUUCCAAAUUCUUGUUGCUCAUGCUCUCGGAGAUGCUGGAAGUCCUUACCUCAUCGGCUUAAUGUCCGAAGGAAUUCGACCUCUUUUAACUCCAACAUCGCCUUUUAGUGACCACGAAGAUAUGCUGGCACAAUUUCGUAGUUUGCAAUAUUCAUUAUUUUUAACUGUUUUCGUAGAAGUGAUCGGAGGUUUAUUUUUCUUCCUCACAGCACUUUACAUAGAAAAAGAUAAAUCGAUGGUUGAUCUUUCGAUAGCUGUGCAUGAAUUGAUAUCAAGUAUGGAGUUAGAGCCACAGGUUUUGGGAGUCAACGAGUAAUAAUGUGCGUUCCUGAUGAUUAACAAGUUAAGCGCCAGGAAUAGAUAGAAAUCUGUUGGUAAAAAAUUAUUGUUAAUAUUAACAUUUUCACUAUAAUUCAUUUUCUAUUCAGCAGCAAGCAGUAUUGUGUGGUUAUACAAUUUCAUUCUUAUAAUUGUAAUUUGUUUUAAUCGGUUAUAAUCACGGAUGUGGGAUAAUUGGUAAAAAUCAACGUAAAGAGUUAAAAGCAUCUUUUGAGUUUCGUGCAUGUGACCAAAAGAAAUAACCGAAAUAAUGGCGCUUAACGUGUUAUAUUUUCAUUCUGCAGCAUAAACUCUGAUUUUUUUUAUUUUGUGAAGUUUAUUAUUGCUUUUUAUUAUUUGUUAUAUUGGCACCAAAAUCAAGGCUUUUUACCGUUCAAUUAUAUUUUAUUUUAUGAUUAAAUAUCACUACUCAUAUAUUUUGACGCAUGUAAUAUUACGAAAUUUUAAACUGAAAGAAAAUUUUGAUUGAAAGUGGAAUGAAUUUGUAAUGAAUUAAUUACGAGAUAAAAAUUUAUUUCACAAAUGAAAUAAUUAUCAACAAAAUCUUUAUUCAUGAAUUGAUCCAAAUUUUUUUUAAAUUUAUAAAUUCAUUUUUUUAUUAUUCACUGUUUAUGAUCGGCACUUGCAUGGAAAAAAUUUAUCAACUUAAAAACAUGUUUCUUGCAGCUGAAUGUUUAGAAUCUAAGAAUAAAGGGCAAGCAGAAUCAACGCAUUUGUAGAAUCACCAAUGGGCCUCACCUGAUAGUAUGCUGUAUAUCUGGUACAUCAUUUACAUUUUUUGCCCUUAUUUCAUUACAUUUUUGAGAGAAAAUACAGAAAUCAUAAGGUUUUGUUAAAUAAUAUUCAUUUUUAAUGUUAUAAUAACAAAAUAACUAUUUAAAAUCAUGAUUAAACCAUUAACUUUAAUCAUUAAAAAAUUCACAGUAUUGCUUUUAAAAAAACCAAUUACUAAAUCAAUAAUUUUAUAGAAGAUUUAAUUUAAUACACCUAAGCUUGUAAAUAAUUUUGAUAAUUAAUGUUUCUAAUUUAAAUUCAGUACUUCAGAUUUAGUCAUCGAAAAAAGCUGAUGAAGCUUGCCUACCAGCCGAAAUUUUUUUAAUUAUUUUGAAUUCGCUUGUGAUGUGUUUAUAUGCAUGCGAAAAUAGUUUUUAUUACUUGUUAGAGUUUGAUAUUUGAUUUAUGAUAUUGAAAAUAAAUAUUAGAAAUAAUUAGUCAUCAUUUUUUGGUAAUUAAGAGGACACAGUUUUAGAAACUUUCCGAUUUUGUCUACAAGUAUUUCACAAGAGAGAGUUUUUAAUGAGUAAAUUAAUUAUUGAGGAAUUUAAUAGCUA